UAGAGGAGGGAUCAAAUCUCAGCAAACACACAAACUCGCUGGUUCUCUUUCCCGUCUCUCUUUCGCUCUGUCAUUAAGACUGACAGUCAGGCGUGCACGCACCUCGCCUCCAGGUUCAAGGGGGAUAGAAGACGAGUGGAGAAGAAAGAAGGGAAGAAAAAGAGGGGGAAAGUUGAGUCUCUCUCCCCUGUCAUUACUCUCUUAGACGUGGAAGUCGGACUUCAAGGCUGGAAGAGGGUUUUUUCCUCCCAGACACCGGUGGAUCCUGACCUUACAGACGAGUGGAGAAUAAAACAAAAGGAUUAAGCGAUUCCCUUUUCUAUUUUUGUUCUUCUUUUUUGGGGGGCUUGGAUUGAGCGAGGCAGCUGUAAGAGGGGGGAGAUGGGGAGAUGGACGUUACAUUUCUUGGUGGGGGUUGUACUUGCUGUCCUCACAGCCAGUAGCUACGCUGAAAAAGUAAACCACUGUCUGGCUGCAAGGGCUAACACCUGUUCAGCAUGUAUCCAGUCCGGAAAGGGCUGUGCCUACUGCCCAGACGAGAUCUUUGAUGGACCCCGCUGUGACCUUCUGGAGAACAUCAUAGACCACGGCUGUAAUGGCGCAGUAACGGCCGAAGGCAGUAUAUCAAUGGAGAGAAACCAGAAGAUUGACAUGUUGAUGAAGCGCUCUCAGGUGGCCCCCCAGGAUAUGUCCAUGACUCUGCUGCCGGGGGAGGAGAGGGAGAUCGAGAUGGAGGUGUUUGAACCAGCGAAAGGACCUCUGGACCUCUACAUUCUCAUGGACUUCUCCAACUCCAUGAAGGAUGAUUUGGACAACCUCAAAAGGAUGGGUGCUGAGCUGGCUGACUUGGUGGGGAAGCUGUCUGAUGAUUACACCAUCGGUUUCGGCAAAUUUGUGGACAAGGUGGUGGAGCCCCAGACAGACAUGAGACCGAUCAAACUGGCCCAGCCGUGGCCCAACAGCGACCCUCCCUUCUCGUUCCGAAAUGUGAUCACUCUGACCCCUGACCUGCAGUCCUUCACCCAGAAGCUGCAGAAGGAGAGGAUCUCAGGCAACCUGGAUGCUCCAGAGGGGGGCUUCGACGCCAUACUGCAGGCUACAGUCUGCGGGGAAAAGAUCGGCUGGCGUGACCAUGCCACCCACCUUCUGGUCUUCUCCACCGAGUCGGCCUUCCACUACGAGAGUGACGGUGCCAACGUGCUGGCUGGCAUCAUGCCACGCAAUGACGAGCAGUGCCACCUGGACCCCGAUGGGAAAUACACAGAGGACACCAGGCAGGACUACCCUUCUGUGCCCACCCUGGUCCGCCUGCUGGGCAAACACAACAUCAUCCCCAUCUUUGCCGUCACCAACCACUCCUUCACCUACUAUGAGAAGCUUCAUGAGUAUUUCCCCAUCGCUGAGCUGGGCCUGCUACAGGAAGACUCCGCUAACAUCCUCAAUAUCCUGGAGAAAGCUUUUGAGAAUAUCCGUUCUAAGAUCAGCAUCCGUGCGGAGGACAGACCUAAAGCUAUAGAAGCUCAGGUCCUGUCUUACAGUGGCAAUGUUGCACAAGCUGGAACCUUCAAAGUCAAGCCUGGGCAAAUAGGGAAGUUUAAGGUGCGUGUCAAGGCCAGUGAGAUGGUUGGGGAGCAACAUGUGUGUAGUCUGGAGCAGGGUGACAAAAAGGGGAAGAUGAGAGUCAAACCGACAACCUUCAGCACAGCUUUAAACAUCAACGCCGAAGUGCUCUGUAAAACCUGCGACUGUGAGAAGAAUCCAUUUCGAAACGCAGUGAGGUGUACAGGUCACGGAGACCUGGUCUGUGGGAAGUGCAAGUGCAACGACGGCUGGCUGGGUCCGUUCUGUAACUGCUCUGCCAGCGCGUCGACGGAUCCGGGCACUUCCUGUCUGGGUCCUGGCGUGGAGGAGCCGUGUUCUGGCCGAGGAGAUUGCCUGUGUGGAGCGUGUGUUUGUUACAACACGGACCAGUACGAGGGAUCCCUCUGUCAGUUUGACAAGUCCCAGUGUCAACGAUACGGAGGUUUCCUCUGCAACGACCGUGGUCGCUGCUUCAUGGGCCAGUGUGCGUGUGCAGAGGGCUGGGAGGGACCGGCCUGUGAGUGUCCCAUGAGCAACCAGACCUGUCUGGACACGAAAGGGGGCGUCUGUAACGGGCGGGGUGUGUGUAAGUGUGGUCGCUGUGAGUGCCAGGACUCUGGCCUGGCCAUGACCCCCACCUGCGAGGCUAACUUCCAGGCCCAGCUGGGGAUGUGUGAGGACAAGAGGAGCUGUGUCCAGUGUCAGGCCUGGAAGACCGGAGAGAAGAAGGACAGCGACAAGUGUGACCAGUGCCAGUUCAAAGUGGUCAUGGUGGAAGAGCUCAAGGAAAAUAAAGAGGUGAUUGAGGCGUGUAGUUUCCGCGACGAGGAUGACGACUGUACGUACCACUACACCGUGGACUAUCCUGAGGACCAGACUGUUAAGGAACUGGAGGUCCAGGUGCUCAAGAAGAAAGACUGUCCCCCUGCUGGCUUCCUGUGGCUGAUCCCUCUCAUCAUGUUCCUCAUGCUACUGCUGGGUCUACUGUCGCUCUGCUGUUGGAAGUACUGCGCCUGCUGCAAGUCCUGUCUUGCUUUGCUGCCAUGCUGUGGAAGAGGUCGUAUGGUUGGCUUUAAGGAAAAUCAGUACAUGCUCCGCCAAUCCAUGCUCACCUCUGACCACUUAGACACGCCCCUAGUGAGGACCGGCCCACCCAAGAGCACCGACGUGGUUCGCUGGAAGAUCACUGACAAUGUCCACCGAUCGCCCAAUCAUCCGCUUGCGCAGGUUCAGCCCAACCCCAAAGAGACCAUCCAGUUCCCUCUGUCUCUGCGUCUGAACAGGUUGUUCACAGACAGUCUGUCUCGCUCCGACGCCAGAGACACUGAGUUGCUACGCAGGGAGGUUGAUGACAACCUGAAUGAAGUGUACAAGCAGGUUCCUGGCACCCAGAGAGUUCAGAACACCACAUUUAGAUUACAGAGAAAUGCUGGUAAAAGAGCUGACCACGCCAUCGUAGACACUGUUCUGCCCGCUCCUCGCUCCAGCUACCCCAACAUCGUCAAACUGACUGAGAAAAACGUCCAGUCUGGAAACUUCCAGGAUCUCAAAGUGGUGCCGGGCUACUACACAGUGGCCACAGACAGAGAGGCGGCUGGUGCCGUGGAGUUCCAGGAGGGGGUGGAGACGGUGGAUGUGCACGUGCCGCUCUUCGUCAAGGAGGAAGAUGAUGAUAAGAAGCAGCUGCAGGUGGAGGCGGUGGACGUUCCUCUGGGCAUCGCUGAGAUAGGGAAACGCUUUGUCAGCAUCACUAUCAUCAAAGAACACGCCAAGAGUGUUAUGUCGUUCCUCCAGCCUUCGUACACCUACAGCCGACAGGACAAAGUGGCUAACAUCCCCAUUACUAGAGAGAUCAUAGAGGAUGGACACGCACAGGUCAGCUACCGCACCCGAGACCUCACCGCCAAGGACAAGAAGGACUAUGUGACAGUGGAUGGGGAGUUGUCCUAUGGGCCAGGGGAGACCCAGCAGACUGUCCCUGUUCGUUUGUUGGAGAUGGGAGAGGGAGACGGUCUGCUGAAGGACACACAGGUCAAACAAUUUGUCAUGGACCUCAGUAACCCAAGACAGGGUGCAAAGUUGGGACGCUACCCCAGAACCACCGUCACCAUCACUGACAAACCAGAGCCCAGUGUGAUGAUGUUUAUGAAGAGCACCCAGAACUUCUCCACCGCCGACCCAACCUACUCCAUCCCCGUGGUCCGCACCCGCAAUAAGGAGGGGCCCGCCACCGUCCACUGGAGGACCCGCAACGCCAAACGCUUUGAGCUGUCCGGCCCCCUAAAGUUUGGUCCCGGGGAAACUGAGAAGAACAUCGUGAUCGAUCCACGCUCUCACCCUGGCCCGGUGAAACCAGAGUCCUUCCAACUGGAACUGUUUGACCCCAGUACGAAAGCUGUGGUCGGAGAGAGGAAGACAACGAUGGUCACUAUUACUGAUGGAGGACUUCCAGAAAAUGCCCAGAUGGAGAAGAGUGCGGGCUUCAUCAACCAGACAGCCACGUCUCCUGGUGGUCGUCUCAACUCUCCCACCAACGUGAAGGCCAAAGCCACCGGCCCCCGGAGCAUCCGCCUUAACUGGGACCCCUUAGGAAAAUCUCUGGGCUACAAGGUGAAGUAUUGGAUCUAUGGGGAUCCUGAGGCUGACGCCCCCCCUGCGAUGAAUGUAAAGACAAACCAUGCUGACCUGGCCAACCUGUACCCCUAUUGUGACUACGAGACGAAGGUGUGUGGCUACAACGCCCUGGGAGACGGAAACUACAGCGACAUGGUGCCCUGUAAGACCCUGGAGGAUGUCCCCAGUGAGCCCGGUCGUCUGGCGUUUAACGUCAUCAGUCCAACUGUCACUCAGGUCAGCUGGGCGGAGCCUGCCGAGACCAAUGGUGUCAUCACCGCCUACGAGGUUCUCUACACGCCCAUCAAUGACGACACGAAGCCGAUGGGUGCAGCUAAGAAGGUGAAGAUAGACAACCCUAAGAAGAGGAUGUUGCUGAUUGAGAACCUGCAGUCGGCCCAGACUUACUGCUAUCAGGUCCGGGCUAAGAACAGCGUGGGUUGGGGUCCUUUCAAAGAAGCGACCAUCAACCUGGCCUCCCAGCCCACCAGACCCAUGUCCAUCCCUAUCAUCCCAGACAUCCCUAUAGUGGACGCGGAGGCGGGGGAUGAGUACGACGGCUACCUGAUGUACAGCAGUGAGGUCAUGAGAUCGCCAACAGACUCCAAGAGACCCAGCGUCUCAGACGAAGGCUUUAUCAAGUUGGUGGGUUCCAAGCUGGACCUGCGUUCGGUGUCCUGGAAAAGGCAUGUGGAUGUGAUCCCCUACCACCUCAGCACAGACACAGAGACCAGCAGCGACGAGACCCCCCGACCCAGCCGAACACAGAUACCCCAUCAAGAACCAAUUAACGGCAGGUUGGAACAGAACUUCCUCUUCCCCGGGGGAAAUAAUUCCAUGUCGCGCAGUACCAACAUGUCUUCAUCCAGCUACAGCCAGGUUUCUCCCAUGUCCACCCUCAGCUCCAGCCACCGAGGGGGGGCCGGGGGGUCCAUGUCCAUGGAGUCCACCACAACAUACCUCUCUGGACAAGGAGGAAACUCUCUCUCCCGCACUCAGGUGAUUGGGGGCGGGACGCGCACGGAGAAUGUUGUCAUGAGGAAGCGAUCAGAGAACAGAGGUUACUAUGAGUAUGACGACAACAUCCGAGAUUCCAUCAUCAUAGGAGACCUGUCCAGUGGAUUGUCUGGAUACACAGAUGGCCAAAGUACGUAUGGCUUCAGUCCCACUCAGACACAGAGUCAGUACGACUACGGUAUGUCUCAGGCCUUCCGGGCCAGGACCCAGUCUGAGGAUGUCAACGAUGCACUACAGAACCUGGACAGGGUGAUCCAGGAUGCUCGUUUGGCCCCUGGGGUCCCUGACACCCCCACCAGGCUGGUGUUCUCUGCCCUGGGCCCCACUGCCCUGAAGAUCAGCUGGCAGGAGCCCCACUGUGACAGGGAUGUUUUAGGGUACUGUGUUCUCUACCAGCUGCUGAAUGGAGGUGAUGUGAAGCGCAUAAACAUGUCCAGCCCCGCAGACAACUCCGUGGUGGUGCAGGACCUGCUGCCUAACCACUCCUACCUGUUCAAGGUGAAGGCUCAGAGUCAGGAAGGCUGGGGACCGGAGAGGGAGGGAGUCAUCACCAUAGAGUCAGCUGUCGACCCCAACAGCCCACUCAGCCCAAUGCCAGGUUCUUCCUUCACUCUCAGUACCCCCAGUGCUCCAGGACCCCUGGUGUUCACAGCUCUGUCCCCCGAGGCACUGCAGCUGAGCUGGGAGAAACCCCGCAAACCCAACGGAGACAUCCUGGGCUACGUGGUCACCUGUGAACAUCUGCACGGAGGAGGUGACAUGCGUUCCUUCCAGGUGAGCGGUGACAGCGCUGAGACCAGUCUGACAGUUCCGGACCUGAGUGAGAACAUGCCGUACAAGUUCAAAGUUCAGGCCAGGACGACCCAGGGCUUCGGCCCCGAGAGGGAGGGCAUUAUCACCAUCGAGUCUCAGGAUGAUGGUAGCAUGUCUCAACUAGGAGGCCUAGGUGGUACAUCUCAACUAGGAGGCCUAGGCAGUAUGUCUCAACUAGGAGGCCUAGGUAGUAUGUCUCAACUAGGAGGCCUAGGUAGUAUGUCUCAACUAGGAGGCCUAGGUGGUACAUCUCAGUACAGCAGUCAGUCCUUGACCAAGAGAGAUGUGUACCAACUUCCUACAGAGGGCAGCACACACACCAACGUCACACACACCAUGAUCAACGACCCAUACUACUCAGGAGAUGGUAUGAUGGUGGUGGGGAAGACAACCCAGCACACAGAGACCAGCGGCAUGGUGACACGUCAUGUGACGAAGGAGGUGGUGCAGAGGAGCAUGCAAGUGGCCGGCACCAGCAGCGUCACCAAGAAGGUCGAGAGGUCAUUCUACGAGACCUGAAGUCAAAGGUCAACAACAAGAUGGCGGCGUCCACGGUACCCAACAUGUCCUCCUCUCUGUCUGUUACAAACAAUGGCUCCUGUCCUCCAUCGGACACGGGAUUCAUUUUCAUUCUUCAUUAUUUAGUUUUGUCGUUUGUUUCUAUGUUGUUGCAAACAUUUUACAUUCAAAGAACUCUACCACCCCCACAAAGAUAUGUCUUGUUGUAAUUCUCUAUUGCUUCUAUACCUGAUACCACACCCAGAGGCUUUAGAUAAGGCCAUUACACUUAUCUGAGGUCUGUUCUCAAUAAUUAAAAGUAGCUCCUGCUAAUAUAUAUUUUGACAGAGAUAAAGAGAGGGAGAGCAGGUAAGAUUUUUUGUACUGGUUGGCUACUUUGGCGACUAGGUGUCUGCAACAUGGCUGCAGUUUGUUAAAUUGAUGACAUGCCUGCCAGUACCUUAAAUAGUUUUUUUUUGUAGGGGUUCAUUGUAUUAUUAGAUUGUUGGUAACUCUCAGAGCCAUUACAAAUAUAUUAGACUGAUGUGUUUUCUGUAUGUCAGAAGAAAUGGAAUUAAGAUGGAUGCCAAAUACUGUAUUGCAAUGUAUUGUUUGUGUAAAAAUAUGUUUCCUAUGGUUUUAUAUAUUUCAUUUCCUUUAUUUUUUCCCAUGCGUAUGUGAACAAAUUUAUUACAUUCAUAAUGGUCCUCUGUAGGUAGAGCAUAGCACUUGCAACUCCAGGAUAGUGGGUUUGAUUCCCGGGACCACCCAUGUCACCUGUAAACAUUAUAUAUGCAUCCGUGACUCUGUGUCACUUUGGACAAAAGCUUUAGCUAAUUCGCAUACAUUAGUUCUAAUUUAGAUAUAACCUCUAAGGUAUUCCUAGUUAAAGUGUGUCGCGUUACUGUGUCAUUGUUUCUGAUUGAGUGCUAUGGUCUAAAACCUUUUGUGUCUAACUAAUAUAUUCUAGCAUAACUUCAACGACUUAGUCCGGAUAUUUCUGAGGUAUAUGUUUUGAGACAAAAAAAUAUUGUAUUGUCUUUAUAAUGUAUUUUCAAACCUAUGUUGUGCUUUAGUUCAAUUCAACAUGCUGUCCAUUGUAAAGAGUCCUUACACUUAGUAAGACAUGGCAAGAUUAGUUUGUUGUGAAAGUCAUUAACAUACCAACAAAAAUGUAUAAGGCACAGCUUUUUUAUCAUAUCUAUUCAUCAGUUACUGUUUUAUAUAUCUGUCUAUUUUAUUACACUUAAUAAAGAUUGAAUAUAAACCA